AUGCAAUUCAAAUGUUUGCUUUUCCUGAUCUUCUCCUUGAUUUUCUGCCUUGUGACGUCAGUUCCGAUUAAUGAAUAUCGUGAGUUUUGAAAAAUGUAUCGAAUUAAAAUUUAAUGUUGGCUAUAAUUUAGCGGGGGGAAAGUGGGCGGAGCUAAAUUUUUUUGCAAUUUUGCGGCACAGUUUUUCACAGAGUCUAAAGAAAGCUAGAAGCAAUCCUAUUUAAAAAAAAACCUAUAGUAUUUAGUAUCAAAAUGAAGCCACGCCCCUUUUCUGCAACCCUCGCACACAUUUUUUACAGAUCGAGGAGGUUCUUUGUCCGAAAAACGUCAAGGCAAACAACGUAGCGGUUAUAUUCGAUUCGGAAAACGAUCACACGACCCAAAUGCCGAACUUUUGGACCUCGAUCAACUGCUUUUCUGA